ACUUACUGAGUGGAAGACUUCCUAUGUAGCAACGCUAAGAAUCUUCUUCAAGCACAAAUAAGUGUAAUCUGUCAUUACUGCAUUAGGAUAAGGUGCAGUCGAAUAUGGGCUCCACUGCGGAUAUAACGGUGGAGCUGGUGCAGCAGAUGUUGAGGCAUGUCGAGAAGGACAACUCCAUCGUGGUCCUGCCCUGCCUGGAGGUGAACGAGCUGAAUGAAGACCACCAUGCAGGAAGCUGUACCUGUAGAGUGACGGCGAAGUACACACGAUGCGAGGAUACAUCCCAAAACUCGUUGUCGCUCAUUGUGAAGCUCGCCCCGAAUUUGACUUUGACGAAAGACUUAUUUAAAGUCACGAACCUUUUCCUCAGGGAGAUACAGAUGUUCGACGAGAUUCUGCCCAGGAUGUCAACUCUGCUGUCUCAAGCACUACCCGAGCGACAUACAGAAUUAAGCGCGCGAGUGUACUUCACCCGCAAGUCGCCCAGCUACCUGAUAGCGAUAGAAGAUUUGGCUCCAAAGGGGUUCAAGUCACACAAGCGCAAAGAUGGUGUGGAUCUGAAGCACAGUCUGCUCGCUUUCAGAGCCCUCGCGAGGUUCCACGCUGCCUCCGUGAAGAUCCGGCAUGAAGACAAGAGCUUGUUCGCUGUCUUCGACACACAUUUUAUGCUGGACGGGAAAGUGGACGGGCUUCUUAGAAAGAUGUUUGAUAAUGUUGCAACAGUUAUUCCUCAGUUGGUGCAGUCCUGGCCAGAGUUUGGUUCCACAUGGGCAAACAGGUUGCGGAAACGCUACCAGACGCUGUUUGAGGAAAUGAUAGCUCUGUUUCAUAGGGACGACACUGGCUUCAACGUGUUGAACCACGGUGAUUUCGGCAUCAACAACGUGAUGUACCGUUACUCCGAGUUCAGCCGUGAGGUGGAAGAGUUCAAGCUGUUGGACUUCCAGUGCUGUUUCUACAACUCUCCAGUAUUUGACUUGCAUAACUUCAUCUUCACCAGCGUCAGCGACGAUGUGAGAGAGAACCACAUAGACACACUUCUGAAGGAGUACCACAGCGAACUGACGGCAACCAUGAAGGCUCUUGGAACACCCCCGGAGCAGAUGAUCUCUCUGUCAGAUCUUCUUGAAGAGUUCGACAAGAAGUUGGCGUAUGGUUUAUAUUGCUCGACAACGUUUCUUCUACUUUUUAAUAUUGAUUUAUCCUCUAUUUCUGGCCAGAGCAAUGAGAAUGUUUUUGAAGCAGUAAUUAAUGACCAGAAAAAACUACAAUCAUUCAUAUCAGAUUCCUUUGCUGCAAGUUUUAAAAAGCUGCUUAAGUUCUUUGACCAGAAGCAGAUACUGUAGGAUUACUAAAUGGUUGAACUAAAUGUGUGACUUAUUUGAAUUUAUUUUUAAAGAUAGUAAGAAAUAUUAGAAUAUUUUAGAAUGGUUUUCACACAAUAAACUUUAUGUAAUAUUUUAAACUAUCAAUAAAUUCUGUUAAUUGACAUUGGUAAAAA